AUGCAUCGGUUCAACAUCAACGAAGCCGUAGCUACGGCUACUCCAUACGCAGUGGCGGUGCUAGCAUUUGCGACUGAUUUCCUCUUUCAACAAGGAAUUCUAUGCUAUCGGGUUGAGCAUGAAAUUCGCUUGCUCGACGUGCAUCAUGGCGACCGGCGAGAACGCCUCUUGGAUUUGUACGAGAUUAUUCCUUGGUUAGACAGUGGCCUAGUAGCGACAAGCGUUGAUCCUGUCAACCAGGUUACACUUCUCUAUUUCCAAGAGGAGAUCCUCGUGUUUCGUCUAGAGGGUUCUGGAGGCCAGAGUAGUUGGUUGAUUGCUAUUGAUACAGCCGUCCGACAGACUAGACGCACACGACUACUCCUGCAACGGCCCAUUCCCUCAUCAACCCCGAUCUUUGUACGGCACACUCGUUCGUAUCUAUGGUAUGACACAUUCACGGCUACGCAUGGCUUGCAAGGGCGCUGGCUAUGCUAUGGGGUGGAUAUGACUACCAAUGAGUUUAUUGCAGUCGAUUUCGAUUGUGCUGUGGGCUGGGAGAUUGGCCGGACCCUUUGUUUUGAAAUGUACCAGGACCACCUGUAUGCCGUCUCAACGCGGGCGACUUCUGAUGACGAUGAGCAUUCUUCUUUCUAUCAUUGGUCCUGUUAUUCACCCCGACAGAAGGACCAGAAGUGGAGUGGUCGCAUAUGGCGUCGUGAGCACCGUAAAGGUCCCAUAAACGAGAUGUGGAUGCGGCUUUCUAUUCAAUUUGAUGAAUCUACGGGGCGUCCGACGAUCACUGAAUGUCGUCGUGAAUGGCCAGGCGGGAACAGCGAGAACCAUCCAACAAAUUAUCUCCAGAGCCUUUAUACACCCGCCGAAUUACGGCCGAAGUACCCAGAAGGAGACAUCAAGCGCCCCUCAUGGAGUGACAGCUUCAGCGAAGCUACCAGGGGUCCAGAGAUGUUUCAACUAGAUAGCAACAGGCCUAAGAAGCGACUGCCACGCAACUGUCAUCCAGAGUAUGAAAACGAUGACCCAAAUCAGCGACAGGAAUUCAUUGCUGCGCACACCAAAUACCACUGUUACCACCUCGGCGCCUCAACCUUUUUCGAUCUUGUAACUGAUUCUGCGAGUUAA